CUCCUUUUCUGACGAGAUGACCGCUCCUGACCUCGACAACCAUCCUCGGUGCGAUCGUCCGAUACACAAGACAUGGCAGAGCCACCAACGACAGCUGCCGGCGCGCCGAUUGCCGCACCUCAGCCUGAACCUACCGCUGGACUCGCACCUACGGCCACCAACACCUCGCUCGUCUCAUCGGGCGCUGGGCUCGCCACAAAGACGACGACGCAGAUAAUCUUUGUCUCUCCCUCUGCUACCUCGUCGUCGGUCUCGGCGGGAGUGCCUAGUGGCACGACGACGGCCACGCUCGUUGUUGCACUUCCCACGAGUGAGCUGCCAGCCCUGACUCAGAGCCUCACUGCGACAAUUCUCCAGCUGCCCCUGCCCACCGGCGCUGGCUUACUCCCUGGCAGUGGUAGUGGUGGCGGCGGUGCCGGUGGCCCUACACCAACAGAGGGAGGAAUCGUGCUUCCCAGCCAGGAGCAGACGCAAAUCAUUUGGGUCGCCGUCGUGAUGCUUGUCAGCAUCGCCGUGGGCUGGAACAUGGUGCUGUUCCGAAGCGUCCUCUAUCCAUGGAAGAUGCUCGUCAAUCUUAUCCACGAGCUCUUUCACGCUCUCAUGGGCAUUCUCACCGGCGCCGACCUCUACAGCCUUUGCAUUGACCCCGACAAAGGUCCCAUCAGCGGCAUGACCGGUGGCGUCCCUCUAGCCGUCCUUGCCGCCGGCUACCUCGGCUCGAUUCUCGUAGGGUCUACACUGAUCCUCUUUGCCUUUGACGUGACAAUGAGCAAGAUCGCCUGGCUCGCCAUCAUCCCUCUCUUUGCCGUCUGCUUUUGGUUCGGCAGGACAUGGGCCCGAGUUCGGGUCGCUUUGGCUGUCGGCAUCAGCAUUGGGUUUUGGUUUAACAAGCUGAGACUAUGGGGGACAGUCGACCAUGCCAUGGCCAUGAGAUACUAUAUCCUCUUUCUGGGUGUCAUGUGCGCCUUCUAUGUCGUCUGGGAUGCCAUGGACGAUCUGAUCUUUCGGAAAGAGAACGAGUCCGAUGCUGCUCUCUUUGCCAGACUGAGCCCACCCACGAUCCACGCAUGGGUCAUCAUUUGGCUUCUCAUCACGCUCGCAUUUGUUGCCCUAGCUAUCCUGGGAGGUCUUCACUUCUUCAACAAGACACUCGAGACGCAAAGCAGCGACCAGACCCACUUUCUUCCCACCUAG